AUGAGCUCUAUUGAUGAGAAGCCUCUUUCAUGGUUCAUCAGACUGAUUCAUGAUACUUGCAUUCAUUUGAAUAAAUCUAUGUUGCUCCUCUGCUUAUUCCACUCUAAUUCUACAAUGAGCUCUAUUGAUGAGAAGCCUCUUUCAUGGUUCAUCAGACUGAUUCAUGAUACUUGCAUUCAUUUGAAUAAAUCUAUGUUGCUCCUCUGCUUAUUCCACUCUAAUUCUACAAUGAGCUCUAUUGAUGAGAAGCCUCUUUCAUGGUUCAUCAGACUGAUUCAUGAUACUUGCAUUCAUUUGAAUAAAUCUAUGUUGCUCCUCUGCUUAUUCCACUCUAAUUCUACAAUGAGCUCUAUUGAUGAGAAGCCUCUUUCAUGGUUCAUCAGACUGAUUCAUGAUACUUGCAUUCAUUUGAAUAAAUCUAUGUUGCUCCUCUGCUUAUUCCACUCUAAUUCUACAAUGAGCUCUAUUGAUGAGAAGCCUCUUUCAUGGUUCAUCAGACUGAUUCAUGAUACUUGCAUUCAUUUGAAUAAAUCUAUGUUGCUCCUCUGCUUAUUCCACUCUAAUUCUACAAUGAGCUCUAUUGAUGAGAAGCCUCUUUCAUGGUUCAUCAGACUGAUUCAUGAUACUUGCAUUCAUUUGAAUAAAUCUAUGUUGCUCCUCUGCUUAUUCCAAUUUAAUUCUACAAUGAGCUCUAUUGAUGAGAAGCCUCUUUCAUGGUUCAUCAGACUGAUUCAUGAUACUUGCAUUCAUUUGAAUAAAUCUAUGUUGCUCCUCUGCUUAUUCCACUCUAAUUCUACAAUGAGCUCUAUUGAUGAGAAGCCUCUUUCAUGGUUCAUCAGACUGAUUCAUGAUACUUGCAUUCAUUUGAAUAAAUCUAUGUUGCUCCUCUGCUUAUUCCACUCUAAUUCUACAAUGAGCUCUAUUGAUGAGAAGCCUCUUUCAUGGUUCAUCAGACUGAUUCAUGAUACUUGCAUUCAUUUGAAUAAAUCUAUGUUGCUCCUCUGCUUAUUCCACUCUAAUUCUACAAUGAGCUCUAUUGAUGAGAAGCCUCUUUCAUGGUUCAUCAGACUGAUUCAUGAUACUUGCAUUCAUUUGAAUAAAUCUAUGUUGCUCCUCUGCUUAUUCCACUCUAAUUCUACAAUGAGCUCUAUUGAUGAGAAGACUGAUUUGAUACAUGGUUCAUCAGACUGA